UGAAUUUCGCCAAAUCCAAAAGCUGAAAAUAACUGAAAAGUGGGACUGAUAGCGGAUCCACAAAAUCAGAAGAAUGACUUCUACAUCUAGCGACUCGCUUCUGCUCUCCGGUCUACCUGGUGUCUCUUGGUCGCAGACCUCGGACUCCGUCACCGUAGAAUGUUGCCUCCAGCAACGACAUCCUACGAAUGUCGAGAUCCGAGUGGACAGGAUUCUUGUGGAGUUUCCUCCAAGUCCAAUAGACAGAGAUGGAGACACCCAGUCAAGAAAUAUGUCAAUCGAACUAUGGGGUACAGUAGAUCCAAGGGAAUCACUUUACACACUUCUUGGCGGCAGCGACCGCGCUGAAUCUUCUGAACAAGAGGACAAACCCUGUUCCCUGACCUUCGAACUCACGAAACGAACCGCUGACCAGCAUUGGAGGUAUUUGACAAAAGAUGAGAGUGGGGAUCUUGCUAAAACAGAAAUGGAAAUACGGCAAGACGAGGCAUCAAAAAGUAUGGUUGCAUCAGUAGCGAAAAUUGGAGAACAAAAAGUUCCAGGUAGCAAAAAUAUGGGGAAAAGCGCUUUUGUGUGGUGAUUUUUGGUGCUUGUCGACAUCAUACGAUGCUCCUGAAGAAGGAGCAACGAAGAUGCUCCUGCAGAAGGAGCAACUAAUAGACUAAAAAACGC